UGUAGCCAUAAAAUGAGAAAUCUGAGCCGUUGAAAUGAUUGAUCUUUUGAUGGUGCCGUCAUCUGUUUACACACUACAACUACCGUUGACGACAGCAACGUUUAUCUUCAUCAUCCCUUGUUGUCUCAAGUCAUAUAUAACAACCGAAAUUAAGAAUUUCAACCAACUCCUGAUUUCUUUUUCCAAUGGAAAAACCGAACAAUUUGGGUGGUGGGGCUUUGGAUGGGUUCUCUCCGGUCUCUGCUACUCGGAUACAUUGGAAUUCUCGAAAGAGAUCAGAAUGGUGACUUCUUUCCUACAGCUAGCGGGAGGAUGUUGAAUGAUUUGACGGAAGAAAUAGCUAAUGAAACACCCAGCAAAGAGGAAACAACACCGAACGAUGAAAAGAUGGAGGAGCCAACUCCCAAUUCAGCUGAACUUUCUGAGCGUCGGAAGGCUCUUUUCGAGCCAUUGGAACCAGUAAAUGGUCGAAAACCAUCAAACGAGUCUUUACUCCCUCCUCCAGACUUUGACGCUGCAAGUUAUCCCCGAGGGUGGCUGGUUGGAAAGAAGCGGAAGCUUGUUAACGUGGAUGUAGUUGAGAGCAUGCGGAGGAUUGCCGUUCAGGAGAUGAACAGAAAGGAUCGAGAAAUUAAUGGCGUCAAUGAGCAGUUGGACGAGGACGCACGGUGCCUAGAACAUCUGCAACUACAGCUUCUGGACGAGAGGAGCAAACGAACAGAAGUAGAAAGAGAAAAUGCUAUGCUGCAAGACCAGAUCUCCAUGUUGAUGAACAUGCUACAGGAAAAUGAGCCAGUGGACGAUGAAGACCCUGAGGAACCCUAGAUACUGUCCCUGUUAGGAGUAAGGUUUUCUGAUAUAUAUACACACAUACAUACCAGUGUUCUGCAUUGUAGUGUGGUCAGUGCAUGCUGCCAUAACUUGUAACUAUGAAUAUCUUAUCGCACAAGAAAGCUCUAUGCAAGUCAUUUUUUAUUUGUCAAUCGAUCUGUAGUAACAAUCAGUUGUAAAAUUUCAUAGACUCAGUUUCAACAA